GUUGCUCAUUCGUAUCUUGACUUUCAGACAGAGCGCACGUCCGUUUGCUCGUUGCUCGUUCGGCGGCUCGUUCGUGUGUGUGUGUUUAUUUCUUUGCGUUGUUAUUAACUUUUAUAUUUACUACGUCUACGUUCCUCGUACCUACAUAUGUACAUACAUACAUAUAUAUAUAUUGUGUGUGUCGGUUAUAUUUAGUUCUCUACAAUUUACGCGCUGCUAUUUCAAUUCGCCACGCUGCUGCCACCUGUACAGCGUUCGGUUAGUGUCUUCUGCCCGCCCGCCCGCUUGCCCCAGCCCCGCUCCAACAACAGCAACAAUAAUAAUAAUAAUUGGAAACGCUGUCAAUGCCGGCUGCAUUCAAAGUCGCGUUUUGUGUACGUGUAUCUGUAUCUCUAACUUGAAUUCGUGCAAAAAGCGUCGUCGACACCAGCUGAGGCCACCAAAUUACACAAAAAUUGUUUCAUAAACGUAUCUUUUUACAAAACAACAAACACAACAACAACAACAAAAUAGAGUGUAUUAUCAGUUACCUUGGCAAAUGAAAAUUUGUGCCAAGCAGCAGCAGUGGGGCAGCCGCGUCGCUGCCAACGUUGACGUCGCGCGUUUUCAUGUGUAGUGCGUACAAAAAUGAUAAUUGAAUGCAAUAAAUAAAAAGUCAAAGCAACAAUAACAACAAGAAUAUUAUCAAAUUAUAUCACAACUAAUAGUGCACAUACAAGCGCACAACAACAAUAUAAUCAAGCGAAACGGCAGAUACAAAACAAACACACACAACAAUAACAACUAACUAACGGCAGAACGUUUAAGUGAGCAGCAGCAGCGACCGCCGCAGCGACAGAGGCAGCGACUGCGACAGCGAAAAUAGCAACAAAAUGUCGAAAAACUGUUGAGCUGGCAACAUGGACUCGGCCGCCAUGGCCAUUGCGGUGGGAGUCGGCGGCGGCGGCGCCUCUGGCCCUGGCAGCAGCAGCAGCGCCAGCAGUGGUUAUGGCAGUGCAACGACCACGCCCACAACGCCAAUAGGCUCGGCCGGCGGCGGCGGCCAUUAUGAGGGACAGGCAACGUUGCCAAUGGCAACAAUUGCCACGGUGGCGCCCUUCUACAGCGAAGCCCUGACCAGCCUGGACGCACAUCAGCGACAACAGCAGCAGCAGCAGCAGCAACAGCAGCAGCAGCAGCAAACGCACUUUUAUCAUCAGAACUAUAAUUAUGGAAGCCUCGAUGCGUACAACUACAGUGCCUACAAUUAUAAUGCGAGAGGCUACGACAAGCUGCCGCCCAAAUACAACGGCAGCGGGAGCAGCAGCGGAGGCGGUGGCAACAUGAUGAGCAGCAGCGGCAGCAGCAGCAAGCCGCAGGCGGCAGCCACGCCCUUUUAUGCACAGCCCCAAGCGCUGGGCAUGUCCAUGUCGAUGCCGAGCAGCUAUGCCUACGAGGCGUACAAAUACAAGAUGCCGCAGCAGCAGCAGCAGCAGCAGGUGCAGCAGCAGCAGCAGGUGCAGCAGCAGCAACAGGUGCAGCAGCAACAUGUGCAGCAGGUGCAAUAUCAGAGCAUGGCCAUGCAACAGCAGAAGCCAAGCCAACAGCAGCAGCAGCAACAGUUGCUGCCACAUCAACAGCAGCAACAGCAGCACUUGCAACAACAACAGUUGCAGCUGCAACAGCAACAGUUGGCGCCGCAGCAGCAACAGUUGCUGCCGCCGCUCGAGCCCAACUAUGCCGCCAUCAAGCCGAGCAGCCGCUAUCCAACUAUGCCGCCAGCUGCGUCGGUCUAUGCCAGUCCAAGCGCACCUGGCAGCGGCCCGGCUCAGGUAGCCGGCGGCGCCUAUUACGACAAAUAUGCCAUGUCACUUUACUCGCCGAAUGGCGGCGGACUGAGCUUUGGGGCGCCCGCGCCGCCGCUCUACAGUCCGCCGGAGCUGCAGUCGGCGGAGUCCGCCUAUCGCAAGUCCAGCUGGAAUGUCGACUACAAUGCGGCCAAUUGUCGCGCUGCGAUCAAUGGGAGCGGGAGCGGGAGCGGCAAUGGGAACGGAGGCGCCUAUCAUCAUGGAACAGGCAGCGAUUUGUACUACAAAUACGAGAAGUACACAACGAGUCAGACGUCGUCGGCGCCGGUGAGUAAUCCGUAUCCGGCGAGCAUCAACUAUGGCGCACGCGGCGCCAUGUGGCCACCAAAUCCGGCGGAGCAGGUGGCGCCGCCCAGCGCCCGGCAGAGCUGCUGCACGCAAUCCGCGUAUCCGCAGCAGAGCUGUUAUUAUCCGCGCAAUGGCUACGGAACGCAGCCGCAGCCACAUCCUCCGCAAUAUCCCAGCCAGACGAGCGGCGGUCACAAGCUGAAGCAUCCGACUGAUCUCUACGGCAGCUACGAGCCGCUGCCUGCCCAGCUGGGCUAUGGCUAUGCACAGCCGGGCGGCAAUGCCGGCGGCGCGCCCAAUCCUGCCACGCCCAGCAACAGUAGUCGCGGCUAUGUGCCGCAGAUGGGCCUGAACAUGGGCCUGAACAUGGGCAUGGGCAUGGGCAUGGGCGUGGGCGUGGGCGUGGGCAUGGGCUUGGAGGCGAACGUGAGCACCGCCUACUACAAUGAUCUCGGCAGCCUGGCGGACAGCGGCUACGGCCAGCAAACGCAUCGAACGCCGCUGGAGUAUGCCUAUCGGAAGCGUGCAAAUGCCAGCUCCGGCUGCUAUCUCACCAGCAAUCUGGAGGCGCCCGUGGACAGCUACGUGGGCUACGAUCUGCACGCAAACUCGGCACACUAUGCGCCGCAGUCGCAGCAGCUGCAGCUGCAGCAGCAGCACAAGGAGCAGCCGCUGCCCAGCUCGAAUAGCUCCAAUAUACGUGACUUUCUGUCCAGCUGGAACGAUGACGAGGAGGAGCUGCCGCCGGCGCCGCGACUGGACUCCGAGCUACAGCAGGUUGCCGUUGUUGCGCCCGUGGCAGCUGGCCCGACUCCCGCUCCGGCUCCAGCUGCCGCUCCACUUGCCACGUCCACGUCCAGCUUUAUGUACGAGACGCUGGCGCCAGCGGGUCCGGUGGCUACGCAGGUCAAUGAUUGCCCCAGCAUGAAUCUGCCCGAUAUCAUCAUCGAUCAUCAUCACGAGAAGUGCAGUGUGGGCCAGGCGGAGGACUCCUUUGGCAGCUUCGAUGUGGAAAAGGAACUGGACGAGCUGCGCCUAAAGAAGUCCGGCAUCGAGGCCAGCGCAGAAUCGCAGCCGGGCGACACGGAUGCUCUCGCCGAGAUACUCAGAGAGCCGGCUGUAGCGCCGGAGGAGCCAGCACUGGAGCUGGCCCUGGCCAGCCCCCUGCUGGAGCCGCCCGCCAUUGAGUUCGAUCAGAGCAACAGCAACUCAAACGGCUCCACGUUCGAGAAGGAGUACGAGACGUUCAUACACAAGAUCGGCGGCAGCGACAGCGACACGGAGCCGGCCAAUGCCCAGGAUGACAGCGAGUAUCGCCACAAGUUCUACAAGCGCAAGCGCAGCACAACGGAGCCAGUGGAGGAGGCAGCAGCUCCUGUCGAGUUAAGCUCCGCCCCGGCAGCUGCUCCUGCUCCUGCUCCUCUGUCGCCGAAGGCCUCGGCGCGUGCCAGUCGCCAGCGUGUGGCGCGUCGUCGUCGCAAUCGCAUCAAAAUGCUGAAGAUACUCGAAUUCGAGAGUCCCAAGAUCAAGCAUCGCUUCUAUUUCCGCACGCUCAAGCUGCUCCGUCGACGUUACGCCCUGAGCCGGACGCGGGAGAAGCGCGGGCAGCGGAUGCGACGACAGCUGGCGCUGCGCACGGAGCAUCGUUUGCCGCUGAUCAAGCGGCAGUCCGUGAAACAAUUGGGCGGACGGAGUCCGAGCGAGGGCGCCAUUUCGGAUCGGGAGACGGUCAUCAAGCGUGGCUACGCCUUGCGGGAGCAGGAGCAGCUGCCAGAGAUCUUGGAUGAGCAGCAGAAUGGCUGCGACUCGAAUCAUACGCUGCAGUCCGUCGGCAGCUUCAAGGGCUUCGACGAUGUCGAGAAUACGAAUCUGUCGCCGAAGGCAAAGCUGCAAGCGGACACGCAAACGGAAACGGAAACGGGAGUGGAAACGGAAACGGAAGUGGAACGAAAUGUGGCCACGCCCAUUUCGCUGCAGGCCAAGCAGCUGGAAAUACAGCGCUGGCUGCAUCAGAGCACGGAGCAGCCGGUCGAGCAAGGAGCCACGAGCAUCAUCUGCCUGAGCUCGGCUGCCUCCGCCUCCUCCUCCUCCUCCUCCUCCUCCACCACGUCCUCGUCCUCGUCUGCCAGUUCGAGCAGCACCUCGUCCAGCUCCAGCACGAGCAGCGACAGCGAGGAGGAGCGGCACAAAAAGCUGGCCAGGAGCAGCAGGAGCAGCGGCAGCUGCUGUUCCGGCGAGGAGAGCGACUUCAAUGAGAUGGCCGCGCUGGAGAAGGAGCUGUCGCUGCCCAAGCCGACGCCGGAGCCGGCGCUGCCCAGCAGCAGCGAGAGCCUGCCGCAAGUCUCCAACAAUGACAUAGCCAAGCUCAAGCAAAUACUGGAGAGCGAUGACGACCUCGAGGAGCAGCAGCGGGAGCGGGAGCAGCAGCGGCAGCGGGAGCGGGAGCCGACCAACAACGUACCAAAGCUAAGUGACCUUAGUAAAAUUGCCUUAAAUAGUUCCUUAAAAGAUAGCGACAUAGUCAUAAGUGAUCCGGGGGUGUCCAUGGAGCAGGAUCAGCAGACGACGCCAGUUACGCGUGAGCUGAGCGUCGAGGAGGCGCUGGCCGAGAUGUAUCAGCAAAUAGGCGUCACCUCCGAUGCGGAGGAAACGGAAGAUGAUACAGAAAUUGUGGCCAAGCAGCUGGAAGGCGCCGCUGCCUCCGCCGCCGGCGGACAGGAUGUGCUGCUUAUCAAUCUCGCCGAGAUUUUCGACAACAACAGCAGCGACCUCUACGUGGUGCACUGCGACAUGAACGAGAACAUAUUGGGCGUCGUGGCAGACGAACUGCAGCCGGAGGAGCCGGAACAGGAGCAGGCCAAUACGCUGCAGCUAAUCGAGCUGCUGGCCGAGCCGGAGACCCACUUCGAUGCCACUCAUCAUCCGCCCCUUAUCCAUCACGAGGAGGUGGUGCCGGAGAACUACAAGAGCUUCGAGCGGCGACAGUUCCUCAAGUAUCUCCAUGGCAAAUAUGUCCAGAACAACAUCAGUCGCUUCUACCACGCCCAGCGCGUGCUCAAGAAGUACAGGAGACGACGCCAGAUCCUGGCGCGGAGGACGCGCUGUUAACCAAAGAUAGCUGCAACACAUACACACACACACACACACACACCCGAAAUACCCUUCAUCCUCCAGAGGAACUGGGAAUCGGGAUUUGCGGGCGAAGUUGUCGGAAUUGUCGUUCUAGCGUCAAAAAUCAACUUGGCGUGCCUAAUGGAUUAGAAAUUUGAAUUCAAAUUAUCC